GUUCCGAAGUUACCGACUACCGCUGAACUGAGCUGAAACGCGUUGAACAUUGUGAUUUGCUGUCAUCAAAAAUGGGUGACGGAGAGAGGCAGCCUUUGCUCCAAAAUGAUAGUAGUGCUGUAUACACCAAUAACUCGGGCGAUUUUACCCAAGGGCAGCAAGCAACAGUUUCAGCAAUUGGACCAGAUGAGUUGCCGCCACCGUAUACCGCUGCAACGCAGGGUGGUGUGCCCAUGGUAACUUGCAGAGUGUGCCAGGCUAUGAUUGAUAUAUCUGGUAAACGUGAACAGCAUGUGGUUAAAUGUGGACAAUGUAAUGAAGCCACACCAAUACGUAAUGCCCCUCCAGGGAAGAAGUAUGUGAGAUGUCCAUGUAAUUGUUUGCUGAUUUGCAAGAGCUCAUCACAGAGAAUCGCAUGUCCACGACCUAAUUGUAAGCGGAUAAUCAAUCUUGCCCCAAGCCCAGUUACACCACCUGUGCCCACACUACCAGGAAUGUGUCGUGUGGCCUGUGCGCAUUGCCAUGACACUUUUUUGUUCAAUGCUCUGAAUAAUGCACUGGCCAGGUGUCCACACUGUAGGAAGGUUUCAUCUGUUGGACCAGAUUUUGCACGGAGCAGAGGGAUUAUGUUCAUCGUUAUUGGUGUUCUGUUCUUGGCUGUUGGAAUUGGAGUAACGGUUGGAACAUACCGGUUUGCUCUCGUAAAUGGUGGUAUUUAUGUAGUAUAUGUUGGUGCAUUCUUGUUGGCAUUGUUGGCUUUUGCACGAAGUGUUUAUUAUUGCACUAUGAAGGUGAGCCUAAUUGAGGGUCCAAUGUAAGGGGAAGACAGUGGAGCAAGGUGGGCACAUUCCGUGAAAGAUGUGGUUGAAUGAUGCAAACAAGGCAGAUGUCUGGCUUUGGUCUGCAGAAACUAAGCCAGAUUGCACUGUUAUGGUUUGUUUUGUUUCUUCUGUGUCACAAAACUAAAAAGUAAUGAUCGGAUCCAGAAGAGUAGAAAUGUUAAUAUCUUUCUGAAAUGAAGUGGAAAUUUGCAACAGUCCAUGAGAAAAGUAAACGUUGGUAUAUCAGAAAUGUUGGUCAUUAUUUUAUGUAUUUGAAACCUUUUUUGAACAGCAGUGCUUCCAGUAUUCAAAAUUGAUACUGUAUUUUUUUAAGCCAGCAAUGAAUUGUCCCUUUAGUGCUGAAUGUUGUGCUCAUUUGUGAUAGGAUGCUAUUGUUCAAAACCCAGUUUACGUCUAACAGUAUUGACACAAAUGAAUUUUCCAUCAAUAUAAUGUUAAGUUGAUACAAAAGUAGCAGAUAUUUUGUGCAUUUCUUAUGCAUGAAUGGUGCCAUAAAGCUGUGCUGUCUGACAAACAAAAUGUUAUAAAUAACACUGUGUAAUUGAGGUUGACCAUAUAAUGAUGUAGCUGAUGAUCUUCUAAGGAAACAAUGCUACAAUAUUAAUCUAGGCUGUGUCAUAUAAUGAGAUUUGAAUUGUACAUUAAAUGAACAAUCAUCAAAAGUAUUUUCAGAAAAAGAAAAGCUUUCCAGAAAUCAGGUUUUACAUUUCGUGGAACUGUCAGUUUUGAUAGAAGCCUGGUGUUUGCCAGUUUCAUAUAACUUCAGAGUGACAGUUGUUAACAGAGGUUUGAUUAUUAAAAAGGGCUCUUGGUAUCCUUUUAGCAAACCUUGAAGUUAUGUGAGGCUAAAGCCAAAUGUUGAGUGUGAAGUCAUCAAAAUGGGCCCAUAAUCAAUUGUACAUUCAUUGGGUUUAUGUUAUUAAUUCAUAAUAUGGACAUAUGUUACAGUAUAUAAACAUUUUAAUGGGUACGAUAUAUAAUUGAGCUUCAGUAAAGACUUUGUUAGCCUAAUAUUUAAGAUAUUCUUUUAAGCAUGAAACUCAUAUUUGGUUGUAUAAUAAUUAUGUACUGUUAAUUUCAUAAUCCUUGAUUAUUACUUUAACAUAUAUCAUUACAAUUAUCUAAUUGAAAUUAUACUUUGGAAUAUGUGUCUGAUCUCUAGUUAGUUUUGCUGCAGUUUAGUGUGUGAUUUUACCAAAGAAUUGAAACCAAUUGUAUUAAAGCUGUUUGUAUGUAAUGCUUUACUGAAUCAGUUCUGGCACUCAAAUAAUUCAGAAGAAUAUAUUAUAACAAGAGGAUAAAUGCAGUAUUUGUUUCUGUAGUCAUUUCAGUAAUGAGUAACUGGAUAAUUUUCUGUAAAUGGUCAAAAAUGAAGCCAUGAAUUCAUUAUUUUAGAAACACGUGGAAAGAAUUUUUAUAAAAAAUGCCUGGAGCUUACACAAUCAAAAAAUAUUUGAAGUGCUUGAGAUCUGCAAAUUGUUGUGCUUUUCUCAUAAUGUCUGUCUUUUGCAUAUGCUCUUCUCCUACUCCAAAGCUAACCAGUCCUGCACUAUCAGUUUUGUGCUGCAUGAUUACACUACAGGGUUGCAUGUUCGCGUAUUUUGUAUUGAUUUUAGUUAUGUUGUGAAAUCAAUUUCUGUUAAGUAAGUGAAAGAGGAAAGAGACCUUAUCUCUGUAAGAGGAUAAACUGUACCAGAGGAAAAAAUGUGAAACCAGAUAUUUAUAUGUAUAUUUGGAUAGUGAGUUAGUUUUGUAUAAACUUGUUUGUAUCUGAUUUGUUUCAUUCUGGUCCGUCACAAUAACAAUUACAAAUUAUAAAUCA